UAAAACUUUAACCAAUAAACGUACAGUAUAUCAUUUUAUCUUCAUAUGAAAUACUGUUUUUAAAUAGAAUGAUCCAUAUCCAUAUAAAGAAACGACAAAUACCCUCUAUUUAUCCCUCUAUUUAUCAGUUUAGUGAGAUUCUGAGUCAUGAGUCAUAAGUUAAUUGUGUGUGCCUUGACAGAGUGCAGGCUUCACAGAUUGUAAAAGGGAUGGCUGGUCCCUGUUUCCUUCUCUGUAAAUAUUUCAUGGAUUGUCUCCAAAACCACACUGACUAUGUCCACUGGAGGAGCAGUGAAAUGUGAAAUGGCAAAAGGGGAAAGAAAGCAAGACAUAUAGUAUGAAAUAAGCAGCUAGCUCAGUCAGGCUGAGAAUAUCUGCAUCGACCCCUCCCUUUAUUUCUCUCUCUUGCUCUCUCGUGCUUUGUGUCUCUCUCUUUCACCCUCACAGUAGCACCUAUUCAUUUCUUCCCUCUCUCGUUUGCUGUCUGGCCCACCCUCUUUUACGGAAGCAGACUUGGUGCACCACUCACUUGAAACUUAGAGGCAAUUUGAUUGAGUAUCUUUUUAUUUCUCGGGCACUCAGCAAAGUCUCUCUCAGACACACACCAGCAACACGCACUAUCUGGAUUGAGUCUUACAGUUUGUGGUUGCCUCUUUGAAUUUCCUGGACCAUUUACUCUGAGUGUCUCCCCGUUCUGACUGUGAGGAUUUCCCUGUCAGUUACGGCUCCAGAGAUUCCAUCCUCAGCCAUAAAAACAGCUGGAGAAAGCAGAAAAGAAAAAACGGAAGAGAGAGGCUUGGUACAGACAGGAGCAGCACUGGCAGCAGGGGUAGGAAGCAGGUGGACUUGGGCCUGAACGGAAGAACAGCCAUGCGCUGCUCCACGCUGCUGUGCAUCCUGACAGCUGUGUUGGGCUACCUGGUCAUGGGCGCACUGGUGUUCCACUACCUAGAGGCCCCGUAUGAGGAAGGAAUCCACAUCAACCUUCUGGAUGCUCGACGGGAUUUCCUGAAGAAUUAUACUUGCGUGAGCCCUGAUAUUCUACAAGAACUGAUAGAGAAGGUUACAGAUGCCAUUGGGGCUGGUGUCGACCCAAAGAGCAAUGACACAUUCAGCAGCAGCUGGGACCUUGCCAGUGCUUUCUUCUUCUCUGGCACUAUCAUCACUACCAUUGGUUAUGGGAACAUCUCCCCAAAGACGGAGUGGGGAAAGCUGUUCUGUAUCUGCUAUGCCCUGAUGGGGAUCCCCAUGUUUGGGUUCCUGCUAGCCGGAGUAGGGGACCAUUUAGGAACUGGGCUGAGGAAUGCUAUUGCUAAGAUAGAGAUGCUCUUCCUGAAGUGGAAAGUGAGUCCCACUAUUGUUCGAAUCAUCUCCGCCGUGCUGUCCAUCCUGCUGGGCUGCAUACUCUUCGUCUUUGUGCCCACUCUGGUCUUCCAGGAGGUGGAGAGCUGGUCCUUACUGGAAUCUGCCUACUUUGUAGUCAUCACCCUCACCACUGUGGGCUUUGGGGACUAUGUAGCAGGUGAUGGAGGGGCUGAGGGCACAGACCACUGGUAUAAACCUCUGGUGUGGUUCUGGAUCCUACUUGGAUUGGCUUACUUUGCCUCCAUCCUCACCAUGAUUGGGAACUGGCUACGAGUCCUCUCCAGAAAAACCCGUGCUGAGAUGGAAGGGCUCAGAGCACAUGCCACUGACUGGACCCAGAACAUCCAGAACAUGUCCGUGGACUUCCGCAUCGCUGGCAAACUGGACGACCCAUUUAAGCGUCGACGGCGAAAACGUCGCCAUGGCUCCCGGAGUCACGGAACUAGCCAAAGUGUUCCUGGCAAUAAUGGUCCAGGAGAAAGCAGGAGACGAGAGAACGGAUAUUAUGACGACCAAUCUGAAUCUGGGUCCUCCUCAUACUCAUAUACAUCCAAUGAAUCAGACUCGGAAUCUGAGACGGGCUCAGACGCAACCCAGACAGAGCAGGUGCCAGAUAUGGUCAAGAAGAAAGAAAUAACAGACCCUACAUUCUCACAGCCAUUGGAUUACUUUGGUGAAAAUCUAGCCUAUAUUGACGAGUCCUCAGAUGCUGUUAGUGGCAAGCUUCACCCGGACCCGCUCCUGGACAGACCUGAAUCCAGAUUGGCUGCUUUGCACAAAGCUAAGAGGAGACGUCCCAGGAGACCAGCAGGAAAGAAAACACCCAAAACUAGCCCCUCCAAGCAGCAGCACAUAGCACCCAAUGGAGGAAUUUUUAUAACACCACCUAAUAACACGCCACCCGCUUCACCACAGCCUUAACUAGCGUAUGGUAGUGUACCUACCAAUGUGAGGGAAAGUGCUCCCUCAGAAGUGCAUUUUAGGGAUAGUUGGAAAGACUUCACCAGUUUACACUUCCACUUUUUUUCAUCAGCAUGUGAGAAAGCCUGAUGAGACUGGGUGGGAGAUCAGCCAUCACACGUGCAUUCAGACACCAAAGCAAAGCACUUAGCUCCAUCUGCUGGCUGUUCUUGGAGCUGCACCUGGGUUGCCUGUGUGAUAAGUUGAAGCACAUUCAGCUCUUAUCAUGAUGGCCUUCUGCCUACAUUUGUGCUCUUUACAAUAAUUACUUAAUUAAACGGACCUGACUGUACUACACACCCAAACAUUCUCUGAUAUUGCAUUUUGAUGCCUCUUACUGAUCCAGGAGUUUGUCCCUUGUGCCUUUUGCAUAUCACUCUUUCCUUUUCCCAUUUGAUCAUUUUUAAAAUGGAACCAGGAAAGGAUGACUACAGUUAUCAGUGAUUACAGUUUAGAUCUCAUGUUAUAAAGUGAAUUUAAAUAUUGUGUGUGUAUCUGACAGAGAGUCCAUUUGUAUGGAAGUUAAUGAGGUUGUUGAUUUAUUGGCAUUUUUGUUUAACCCCAUAAACUCAGGGUUUCUGCUUUUAUUAUCUAGUCACUGCAGUUAAUAUGCUAAUUGUAAGUUUUGCCCACUGAAAUUGUCCAUAUUUAUGAAUUUACUCUAAAAUGUGAUCUAAAAAAAUCCCAAUAAUCAGUAUGAACAGAUUACAUUAAUAAUUUUACAUUAUCAUGUCUUAUUGUGCACUCUAAGAAGCCAAUAUCAUUGAUGAAGAAGUAUGUAAACCUCCAGGGUAAUGUGUAACUAGAGUUCAUGUGGGGUCACUGAUUGUAGGUGAUUGACCAGCCUUGCCAAAAAAAUAAAACAAUACAAUUCAGUAGGAUGUCAGAAGUUGAAGCUUUUAAAGGGAUUUCUUAUGCUUCCAUCGUCGCAGAGGACACCAGUGAAAAAAAUGCCAAGCGUCACUCAAAACAUCCUCUGGAGUAUGUACACAAAUUGUCGCUUGUACAAAACAAACUGCAAAUACCAUACCAACAGCAAACCCUCAUCUCACCACGGCUAAGCUGAACUUCAGAGGUGCUGUACCAUGGUCGGCCCUGAGCACUGACUGCAGCUAGGACUGUUUAAUUGUGUAUAUGUUUAAUGACAGUAAAGUCUGUCUUUCUUUUUGAACGACCAAUAUUUCAAUCCUGCUAAAAAGCUGUGCAAUCUAAGCAAGGAUGCCCAAAAAAAAAUGCAAGAACUCACACAUUUAUGUAUGAAGCAGUGUGACUCAUUUUUACCACGGCACUGUUGAUGUCUUGAUUCUGUUUGGUCAGUAAGUACUGAUUAAUUUCCAAAAUCACAGGUUUAUAUUAAUCCAUUCAUUCUAAUAUGUUAUCAUUUCUAUAGUAACGCAAUACACAGGGGCUUCUAUGGUGGAUGUUCAACAUAAACUGAUUAAAAAUGGGUGUACUUGCUGAUAUAUUGUUUUCUGAGGAGAUGCCUAUCUAGCAUUUUUGGAAGGAGUUUCCAGUGUCAGCGAAUUGCAACAUUUAGAGGUAACUUAAGGUUGUAUAACAAGACUUCAGGACAGAUUACUUUGUGGUUUCUCUGUGACAGGAAAAGUUGCAUUUUUGUCUUAUUAGCUUCGAAAAAGAAAAAAGAGUGGCUGGUGAGGGAAUGACUGUUUAUAGUGACUGUGAUAACAUGAGUUAUAAAGACAUUUCACAGCAUUAUACAACUAUAAACAGAUAAAACGUACAAAGAAAAUAUUGUUAGUGCAAUCAAAUUCCUGUUGUAUAAGAGGAAUAAAAAGCAUGCUGUUAUAGGAAAAUAAACCACUUUAGGGUGGUAAUGCAUCACACCACUCUGUCAUUGAUUAUUUUCCUAUAAUAGCAUACUCUGUUGUGUUUUAUUCCUUACUUAUACAUGACUUAUACUUAUGACAAUAACCAUUAGAUCACAUUAGGAGCCAUAUAUACAGAGAUCCAUAUAAUUCCAAAGGCUUCAUGAACAUUUACCUCACGACAAAACAUCCAAAUAUUUAUUUAUUCACUAUACUACACUAGAUGAACUGAAAGUUUAAAAAAUGGAAAAGAUUAGUUCAUCAGUAUUUCAUAUUAGAACACAAUAAGCCUAUACUGUUGUGCCUCAGUCUCUUUUCUAGCUGUUUAACAUAAAUACAGUAGAACUGUUUAAUUAAAUUGUUGAUUUCAUGAAUUUAAUUCAAUGUAUUUUUUUUCCAAAAAUGUAUGAUUUUUUUCAUAGUAUUAAUCAACUUGAAAAUAUGUGCUUCCAGUAUAUACUCAUGAUACAGAUCAAGCUUGUUGAUCCUCUGAAUGUUGACUCUAUCUGUGUCCAAUCGUACUGAGGAGUCAGGAAUUGUAAUGCUUGUCCUUCGCUGGUUAGUAAAGGUAGUUUAAAUGGAGGAGCUUGUACUAGGCCACUGGUUUGAAAGAGAAUGCACUUUGUCAUCUUUAAACAGCAUGGUUUUAUAUGAGAAAAAAACAAGUUUACAUUUUAACUGUCCAUAACAGACAUGCAUGACAGAACUGUAGGUUUGGAUGUUCGGGUUGUUGGAGUCCUUCUUUCGGAAGUUGCUGUUUCUGAUAAAUUAAAAACUAACAAAAUUUUUCAUCGGAAUCCAAAUACCUGCUAAGCGAUCACAUUUCCUGUAAUAAAAUGGUUUGCUCUGAACACAUCUGUUUGUUUGUAGUAGUCAUCUUUUGGACUGUUGUUCCAGACAUACUGGUAGCUGUGUGUGCGUGUGUGUGUGCGUGUGUGCAUGUGUGUGGCUGUGUGUGUGGGCGUGUGUGUGCUGGAAGCCCGGAGCAUGCAGAGGCUUAGGUUGAAUGGCUUUGUGAUAAACACGGUCUGACACUUCCAGAGAUACCUGCUGUUUGCCUCUGCUUCUGCCCAAGUCAGACCAGCACCUAUUCACGCUGUGCAUUCUGCAUUGAAUCACUGAUUCCCUUCUCUACUGCAGCUGAACUCACCUAAUUUUUCUUCCUGUUUUCUUCUUUCUGAGUGGUUAGUGGCACAAAGCAAGCAGAUCCUCAACGAUUUCCUUCUGUCAUCUACAAAUAAUUGCCACCUACAGUACCUAGUAGCAUGUUGUGCUUCCUUUGUCUCCAAAGCAGUAUUCUACAACAUUUUAGAUGUGUUAGAGCAAGCAUGCUGUACCAUGCGGAAAUGAUUAUGCUAUACUGAAAUUGGACUUCUUCUGAACAGUCCUUUCUGCAUCAUCAUGAUCAUCAUGAUCAUGCUUGAUAUGGUUGAACUCCAAGGACUAAGCAGGCCAAAAGAAGCAAUACAAACUCACUGUCAUGUUCUAUAAUCUGUUCAGUGACAAUCAUGGGUGAGCAGGGUAGCAAUAUGAUAACAAUAUCAUGAUAAAAUAACACUUCUAGUAUUGCAGGUAUUAGUGCUCUAAAUACAGUUAUAAUCCUUCCUAACAGUAUCAAGUAUCUGA